UUCAUGUUUCUUUUAAUACAUCAAAUCAAACACAGCAUAAGAAAAACACAAACAUAACUAAUGUAAGUAUUACUAAUACAUCAAAUUUUAUAUUAUUCUUAUACAUUCUGCCAAACGACACUUAGUAAUUUUGGUAUUUCCCACUUUUUUGACCGAAUACGAUUUCUAUCAGUGCGGUACAGUACAGAUACGGAAUAACGCUGUUAAAAAAUACUUACUCAAGAAAAAGUAUGUUGCCUACUGAGAUUGGAAAUCAGUAGAAAUUUCUCAUCAAUUGUGUUGGGUUCUUGUUCUAUCUUGCUUCUUUCCUUCCCAUUUGAGGUUAUACUCAUUUUGAAACGCCGAUAACCACUGAUCUGAGCUCAGGCUGAUAUAAAUCAAUCAAUGAAUGUGGUUUUGAAGUAAUUCACAUCGUCUUGAAAUCGCAAGAUAACUGAAAUUGCGUCCUUGAAAUUCUCUGUUUAAGUCCUACAUGCACGGCCUAAGCCGGCUAGGCAAUGGCGUGAACUCGCCAUCUCCGCCAUCCUCCCCUCGUUUCCGUCAUGCCCGGAAUAAGAACGCUGCUUUUGGAGGUGGUUUCCCCGGUGAUAGUUGUGAGGUAAAGCUGCAGAAUUAUGCAGAGAAGUUAGGCUUUAUGAUAGUAUCUGCUGUAUAUAGACGAAGAGGGGUGUUACUUUUUGCUCCUUUGUUAUAUAUAUCGGGAAUGUUGUUAUAUAUGGGUGCUUUAGGAUUUGAUGCAUCUGGUAGAAGUGGUACGGAGGCGCCACUUGGAUCAGUUUACAGGAGCCCACAGGUUUUUGAAAAGCUCUGGCCAUUAAUGGAGGCUGAGAACAAUGGAAGCUCUAAUUUGUUAACAAAUGUGUGGAAUCCUAAGUUGCAUCAAGUUUGGAAGCCUUGUAUUGCCCAUACUGUUUCUCAAGAAGGUUUCACAGAACUGCCAAAGUCGAAUGGCUACCUCAUAAUUGAAGCAAAUGGUGGACUGAACCAACAAAGGUUAUCGAUAUGUGAUGCUGUAGCAGUUGCAGGACUACUGAAUGCUACUCUUGUUAUUCCAAUUUUUCACUUAAAUAGCGUCUGGCGAGACUCUAGUAAGUUCCGUGACAUAUUUGAUGAGGACUUCUUCAUCUAUGCUCUAAGAAAUCAUGUGAAGGUGGUUAGAGAACUCCCUGAAGAUUUACUACUGCAGUUUGGCAAUAAUAUAAGUAGCAUUGUUAACUUAAGAGUAAAGGCAUGGUCCAGCCCAACCUAUUAUCUUCUAAAGGUCCUGCCAAAGUUGAAGGAGUUGGGGGCUGUUCGCAUUGCACCUUUUUCCAACAGAUUGGCCCAUUCAGUUCCUCCAAAUAUCCAAGGGCUUCGAUGUUUGUGCAAUUUUGAAGCACUUAGGUUUUCCGAACCCAUACGCAUGCUUGCAGCAAAGAUGGUUGAUCAAAUGGUAAAAAAGAGCUCUAAAACGAGUGGAAGAUAUGUUUCGGUGCACAUCCGCUUUGAAGAGGACAUGGUUGCAUUUUCAUGCUGUACAUAUGAUGGUGGGGAAGAAGAAAAACAUGAGAUGGAUAUUGCCCGUGAAAGAAGUUGGAGAGGAAAAUUCAGGCGAACAGGAAGAGUUAUAAGGCCAGGUGUAAACCGAAUUGAUGGGAAGUGCCCGCUAACUCCACUUGAGGACCGCAGUACGACACAGAUGAUUGAGACAGGACAUGAAUCACAAGACCGUUAUAUUUUACCUCUUCAAAUUUCUUUACAACUUGUUCCGUUACAGACCCUCCGGACCUUAUUUACAAAUGUUUGGGACAUCCGAGUCUCUCCAAGAUACAGAAGAUGGUGGCUAGUUUGUCUAGUUUAUCCACAUUAGAUUGUGUGUCGUGUUAACUUGGUAAAUACACCCGUGCUAUAUUUUCACGUGGUAUUGAGAGUUGUUCAGAGUCUAUUUUUUCAUUAGUUCAUUAUGAUAUUUGGGGUCCUAGUAGAGUUAGUUCACCCUUAGGAUUUUGUUAUUGCGUUAGUUUCAUUGAUGAUUUUUCAAGAUGUACUUAGGGUUUUCUUAAUCAAAAUCUUUAUGAGUUAUUUUCUAUAUUUUUGUGCUGAAAUACAAAAUCAAUGUGGUGCUUCUAUUCGUACUUUUCAUAAUGAUAAUGCCUUAGAAUACUUAUCCUCUCAGUUUCAAGAGUUUAUGACUCACCAAGGAAUUAUUCACUAGACAUCAUGUCCAUACACCCCUCAGCAGAACAGUAUAACAGAAAGGAAAAAUAGGCAUCUCAUUGAAACGGCUCGCUCUCUUCCCAUUGAAUCCCAUGUUCCGUUGCAUUUUUGAGGCGAUGCAGUCUUCGCAUCUUGCUAUCUCAUUAAUAGAAUGCCAGCAUCUUUGAUUCGGAAUCAGAUUCCCCAUUCCAUACUAUUUCCUCAGUCACAUCUCUACUCUAUCCCCCCUCGUGUUUCUAAGAGCACAUGUUUUGUUCAUAACUUACCCAGGAAAAGAUAAAUUAGCCCUUUAUGCUCUCAAAUGUGUCUUCCUUGGUUACGCUCGAGUUCCAAAAGGGUAUCGAUACUAUUCACCUUAUCUUGGUUGCUGCUUUAUGUCCGCCGAUGUCACAUUCUUUGAAUCUCAACCUUACAUUUGAUCAUUUUGAUAUCUCUGAGGUCUUACCCAUAUCUCUAGUCUUACCCACACCAACCUUAUAGGAAUCUACGGUUACUUAUACAUCUCCAGCUGCAGUACCGCCCCUUUUGACUUAUAAUCGCCGCGCCUCCAACAUUCGUCCCAGAUGAUUCAUGUUAUGUACUUGAAGCUGCCUCUACCGCGGACUUGCCUCCUCUUAGCCAAUCAGUUGCACUUCGAAAAGUAUAAGAUCCACUCAUAAUGCUAGCCCACAUUAUACUUUCUUGAGUUAUCAUCGUCUAUCAUCACCUUAUUAUGCUUUUGUAUCAUCUUUGUCCUCUAUUUCCAUCCCUAAGACUACAGGUGAAGUACUUUCACAUUCAGGAUGGAAACAGACUAUGAUUGAUGAGAUGUCUGAUACGAGUGGUACUUGGGAGCUUGUUUCCUUCCUGCAAGUAAAUCUGCCGAUGGUUUUUGUUGAGUUUAUGCUGUCAAAGUUGGUCUAGACAGUCAGGUUGAUUAGCUUAAGGCUCUUCUUGUUGACAAAGAAUAUACACAGAUAUUUGGGCUUGAUUAUAGUGACACUUUCUCUCUCAUGGCUAAAGUAGCAUCUGUCCGCCUUUUUCUAUCUAUGGUUGUCGUUCGUCAUUGGCCUCUUUAUCAGUUGGACAUAAAGAUUGUUUUUUUGCACGGUGAUCUUGAAGAAGAAGUCUAUAUAGAGCAACCACUUGGUUUUGUUGCUCAAGGAGAGUCUAGUGGCCUUGUAUGUCGAUUGCGUAGGUCACUCUAUGGUCUGAAAUAGUUCCCUCGAGCUUGGUAUGGGAAGUUUAGCACAAUAGUUCAAUAUUUUCUAGGUAUAGAGGCUGCUCAGUCCAGAUUAGGUAUUGUUAUUUCUCAACGCAAGUAUGCCUUAGACAUUCUUGGGGAGACAGGAAUGAUUGAAUAUAAACCCAUGACACUCAUAUGGAUCUGAAUACUAAACUUCUGCCAGGACAGGGGGAGCCACUCAGUGAUCCGGGAAGGUAUAUGCGGUUGUUUGAAAAGCUGAAUAAUCUCACAGUGACUAGACUUGUCAUAUCCUUUCCUGUGAGUGUUGUAAGUUUAUGACUUCCCUUGUGAAAGUCAUUGGGAUGCAGUUCUUAUUUUGCGAUUUAUAAAGUUAUCUCCAGGUAAAGGACUACUCUUUGAGGAUCGAGGCCAUGAGCAUAUCAUUGGAUAUACAUAUGCUGAUUGAGUAGGAUCACCCUCUGAUAGGCAUUCUAUAUUCGGAUAUUGUGUUUUAGCAGGAGGUAAUUUGGUGUCCUGGAAGAGUAAGAAAUAGAAUGUGGUUGCUCGAUCUAGUGCAGAAGUAGAAUAUCGAGCAAUUGCUAUAGCAACCUUUGAGCUUGUUUGGAUCAAACAGUUGUUGAGAGAACUAAAUUUUGGAGAAAUCGGUAAUAUGGAACUUGUGUGUGAUAAUUAAACAAUCCUUCAUAUCGCAUCAAAUUCAGUGUUUCAUUAGAGGACUAAGCACAUAGAGAUUGAUUGUCACUAUGUCAGAGAAAAGAUACUCUUAGGAGAUGUUACAAAAUUUGUGAAGUCAAGUGAUCAACUUGCGAAUAUCUUUACUAAGUCUUUCAUCAGUCCUCGUCUUAAUUACAUUUGUAACAAGCUAGGUGCAUAUGACUUGUAUGAACCAGUUUGAGGGGGAGUGUUCGAAUAUGAGUAGGAAUAUGAAUAUUAUCUAGAAUCCUACUUGGAAAAUGAUUGUAAAGUAGUGUCCAUAUAUAGGAUCUCAAUGUAAUAAUGUAAACACAACAAUUCAAUAAUAUUUUUCUCCUAUAUUUCUCCUAUGCAAAAAUGACAAUGAGCUAUGACAGUUAAAGACACCAUCCCUUUAGGCAUACUUUUAACAUGUAAUGCAGCGGACUUGAUGAUGUGAGUGUCUUUUUGAAAAGUUUAUGAGUACAUUAGUUGAAGGAAACCUUGGAGUAAAGUUGCUGCCAUGUGACCAGGAGGUCAUGGGUUCAAGCCUUGAAAAUAGCCUCUGACAGAAAUUAAAGGUAAGGUUGCGUACAGGACACCCUUGUGGUGGAGCUCUUCCUCAGGUCCGAUAAUCGAUGCAUAGGGGGAGCUUUAGUGCACCGGGUUGCCCUUUAUGAAUGGGUUGCCCUUUAUGAAUACAUUAGUUGCAAUAGUUAACUGUAUUAGGAAAUACUCGAAAACAUAAUAUCUUGUUAAACAUUCAAUAAACUCCGUAAGUGGAAAAACAUUAUUCUCAUAUGUGCUUGUGAGAAAUAUAGGGCUCAUUUUUAACCAUGCAAAGAGCUCAUUUUUAACCCGAAAGGACUCCAAUAUUUUCAACACGAAAGGGCUCCAUCGUUUUAAAAAUCGAAUGGCUCCAAUAGUUUCAACCCGAAAGGGCUCCAAUAUUUUUAACCUGAAAGGUUUCCAAUACUUUUGAUCCGCAAAGGCUCUAGUUUUAAACAUGCCAAGUAGCAGUUAUGAAGAUUAGAUGAAGAAUAUUAUUCAAUUGUUGUAACUACAUUACACUAAGACCCUAUUUAUAGGUACUACAUUCUAAUCCUUUUUCAAAUAGGACAUUAUAUUACAAUCCUUUUCCAGGUAGGAUUCUAUAUGCUAUUUCUAUUCCCACUCAUAUUCUUGCUGUAAUACCCCGAAGAUUUCUAGCAAAUUUCGUCCCAACAAUGCCUAGUAUUAGCUUCUAAACUGAAGGAUAAUUAUUACAUGAGGAAUUUUCAAGAUUUUCA